GGCCGCCAUUUUUGCAAAGGGAAAAGAGACAGGGUAGAAGGGAUCUAAUUUCCAACAGUCGGCGUAGGUAGGACACAAUUUUAACGGUUCGGAACUGUCUGUCAUUAUUGGGUUCCUAUAACUACCAACGAAAAUUAAUUACAGUAGGGGGAGUCUCUCAAGAAGACUGCUAUCAGUGUAAAUAUUUUUAAACCUUAUAGAGCCGCAGUGUGGAGUGAAGUAGCUAUUGUUUUGGUUGUGUAGAGAGCGAGGCUCUAGCGACGGGGGUCUCACCCAGGUCGCUGUUUCUUUAUUCAGGGUAUCUACAGUGGACUUUAACUGCCUUGUGGAUGCACUUAGAUGUCUGCAAUGAGUGCUGUGGCUGGCAUGCCUCAGUGUUUUGGACUCCCAUGCUCUGGACUCAGUAGGACAAGAAUUGAUCAGCAAAGAACGUCAUGAGCAUAGUGAUCCCUGUAGGGGUGGACACAGCAGACACCUCAUACCUGGAAAUGGCUGCAGGCUCAGACAGACCAGAAUCGGUUGAGGCCAGCCCUGUGGUGGUGGAGAAAUCCAGCUACCCACACCAGAUCUACAGCAUUAGCUCUCACCACUCCCACAGUUACAUUGGGCUGCCCUACGCCGACCACAACUAUGGGGCGCGCCCCCCGCCCACGCCCCCGGCCUCCCCUCCCCCCUCCAUGCUGAUCCGGCCGGGCGAGGCGCUGUUUGUGCCGGGGGGUCUGCAGGACGAGGCUUCCAGGGGCACCACACUCAGCACCUCGGAGGACGGCAGCUACGGGGCCGACAUCACCCGCUGCAUCUGUGGCUUCACUCAUGACGACGGCUACAUGAUCUGCUGUGACAAGUGCAGUGUGUGGCAGCACAUAGACUGCAUGGGGAUCGACAGGCAGCACAUUCCUGAGACGUACCUGUGUGAGCGCUGCCAGCCGCGCAUCCUGGACAGAGACCGGGCCAUCGUGCUGCAGACCCGGAAGAGGGAGAACAUGUCCGGUGAGUGGAGAGAUGGCAUACCGGUAUGUAUCUCUGCAGACGGGGACACUAGUGCCACAGAGAGUGGGGACGAGGUGCCAUUGGAGUUGUACACGGCCUUCCAGCACACGCCCACCAGCAUCACACUCACCACCGGCCGCCUGGCGGGCAACAAGCAGGCUGACAAGAAACGCAAGAGGAGCGGAGAAAAGGAGCCCGUCGCCACGUCAGCCCGAGCCAAGAAGGCGUUCCGUGAGGGCUCCAGGAAGUCCUCCAGAGUGAAGGGUGGAGCUCCAGAAAUGGAGCCCGGGGAGCACCCGUCUCUGUGGGAGAACAAGAUGAAGGCUUGGAUGGAGGCCUACGAGGAUGCCGGCAGCAACCAGUACAGCGAGGACGUCCAGAUCCUGCUCCGCGUCAAGGAGGCCGGCGACGGCAAGACCCUGGCCUACAACACACACACGGCCACCUUCAAACCGCCCGUGGAGAGCCAGGUUCAGAAGAACAAGAAGAUCCUGAAGGCAGUGAGGGACUUGGCUCCAGACUCCCUCAUCAUAGAGUACAGGGGCAAGUUCAUGCUGCGACAGCAGUUUGAGGCCAACGGAUGCUUCUUCAAGAGGCCAUACCCCUUUGUGUUGUUCUACUCAAAGUUUGACGGGCUGGAGAUGUGUGUGGACGCCCGCAGCUUUGGUAAUGAGGCCCGCUUCAUCCGACGCUCCUGCACCCCCAACUCUGAGGUGCGUCAUGUAAUAGAGGAUGGUAUGCUCCAUUUGUACAUUUACUCUUUGAGGUCCAUCACCAAAGGCACCGAGAUCACCAUAGGCUUUGACUAUGACUAUGGCUGCUGUAAAUACAAGGUGGAUUGUGCAUGUGUGAGGGGAAACCCAGAGUGCCCGGUGCUGAAGUACAACCUGGAGCCCACCGAGAACCUGGAGACCAGCAGCCGCCGGCGGGGCCGCAAGGACAAGGAGCCCAUGAUGCAGCGAGGGGACCACCUGGACCUGGGCCAGAAUCAGAACAUGACCCUGGACUGUGAUGGCAGGGCCAAGGGCCUGGGGGCCGACGGCAAGCAGAGGAAGCUAUCACCCCUCCGCCUCUCCAUCUCCAACAACCAGGAUCCUACAGAGUUAGAGGGUGUAGAAGACCAGCCUGAUCACUCCGUUAACAGUGAAGUAGAGAUGGAGUCAGAGGAGACCAUUGCAGAGAGAAAGAGGAAGAUGGCCAGCCCAGCGGAGGAGUCCCAUCUGCAAGGCGUGGGGGCCUCCAGCUGUCUGGGACUGAGUAAACCGGAGACCCGUGAAGAGAGGAAGAUGGAGGCCAUCCUGCAGGCCUUUGCCCGCAUGGAGAAGAGGGAGAAGAGGCGGGAGCAGGCCCUGGAGAAGAUCGGCACCAAGUCAGAGGGGGGCAUCAAGGAGGAGCCCCCUGCCACCCCCGAGGCCGACAUGCAGUCUCCUGGUAUCAUGAUGCCCCUGCUAGAGGUGAAGGAGGAGCCGGGUCUCAACAAGCCCACGCCGGCCAAGCUGCGAGGCAGCAAGCAGAGGAAGAGCUUCUCGCGGAGCCGCACCCACAUCGGGCAGCAGCGGCGGCGAGCGCGCACCAUCAGCACCUGCUCUGACAUACCUCCUGGCUCGCCCGGGGAACUCCUGGACCCCCUGUCCAUUGACGGCCCAGAUGUAGAGGCCUCCAGGGACCCCGAACCAGAGGCCCUCUCCUCCCAUGCCCCUGACACCAGCCCCCCUUACAGUGGCUCCCCGGCCCCUGACAGAAACCGCUCCGGGCAGAAGUACCCCAAAACUAAAAAGCACUUAGUGAGUGAGUGGUGCGUCGACAAGCAGGAGCGGUCAUUGCGGACCCCAGAGCCGGCCCCGGAGAGGCCCCUGAGGAUCAGCAGCGACCCGGAGGUGCUGGCCACCCAGCUCAACGCCCUGCCCGGCAUGGGCCCCAGCCCGCACGUCUACAGCACGCCCAAACACUACGUCCGCUUCUCCUCACCCUUCCUGGCCAACCGCAGCCCCACCACCCCUGGGGUGCCCACCGGACGCCGGCGUUCCCGCGAGCUGCCCGACACGCCGCCCACCUCAGGCUCCUGCAAGAAGCGCUGGCUGAAGCAGGCUCUAGAGGAGGAGACCACCACCCCUCCACCCAGCAGCGAGGGCCCUCUCAGCCCCCCUAUCAACGGGGACUCUGACAGCCCCCCCCCCUACAACGGCAGCUGCACCUUGCCAGGUGAGGACUCUGAGUUGCCCACUCCUCUGAAGAAGCGGCGCCUGGGUCUGUGUCCGCUGGACGCCUGCAUGUCAGAGAGCUCCACCCCCUACGGCUCUCCCUGCGCCACGCCAACCCAGGCCGACCUAUCAGAGACGCCGGGUACACCCCUGCUGCUGGCCACGCCACCCCGCGUCACCCGUAUGGAGGAGCCGAGCCCUGAGCCUCUACCUAGCACUCCCACACACACACUCAGUGCCCCGCAGGAAAGCGAGUCUUCCCUGGACAGCUCACCAGAGGGCAGUCGCAGACCCAGCCCCCAAGAGGCUGAGCGGCCACCUUCGCUGCUCUCCUCUCCCUGUGUAGCGGUCAGGGCUCCCAGUCUGGAUGUGUUGCCCCCCCACGACGCCAAGACCAGCGCCCCCCUGAGCCCCCAGCCCCCCACCGCCGAGUCCCAGGACUGUGGGGGAGAGGAGGGUCCAGAGACCGGGGCUGAGGGCAGCAGCGAGGCCCCCUCCACAGACCCAGCCUCUUCCUCCCUCCUCUCCCCCUGGAUGAAGAGUCCAGAGAGAGUGGGUCUGUCAGGGCCAGGGGGUCUGUCCUUCUCCCCCAUCAACUCUAACCUGAGGGACCUUACCCCCUCACACACCCUGGAGCCCAUCUUGGCCUUCAGGCCUGAGGCGGUGGCUGUGGCUGGGGCUGGUGUUGUGACUGUACCAGUACCCUUGGCCUUCAGGCCUGAGGCGGUGGCUGGUGUUGUGACUGUACCAGUACCCUUGGCCUUCAGGCCUGAGGCGGUGGCUGGGGCUGGUGUUGUGACUGUACCAGUACCCUUGGCAGCAGGACCCUUCACAGAGGCUGCAGGGUCUCUCUUCUACCCCUGCCCUGAGGAGGGGGGAACCCUGGCCUUCUCUCGUUCAUUGAGUGGAGACAGCACUGGCGAGGGAGGGUCAGGACAGAAUCCCCCACAGAAGAAAAAGGUGUCUUUGCUGGAGUACAGGAAACGUCAGCGCGAGGCGCGGCGCAGCGGCUCCAAAAUGGAAUGCGGCUCGCCUGUCUCUACAACACCUACCCUGGUGGAGAUGAUCCCUCUGCCCUUGGAGACCACCCAAGAGCCUCCACCCCUGGCUCCUGCUCCGGCCCAAGCUCCAGUGGCCCCUACUGCAGUGGCCCCCACCCUGCCUGAGCCAAAUACCCCCCAGCCCAGCGAGGACACAGAGCCCCCUGUCGAGGGGGAGAGAGAGGGGGGAGAGGGACAGUGGACCUCGUCCACCUCGGUGGAGCAGGCAAGAGAGCGUGGCUACCACAGAGCCCUGUCGCUUAGUGACCACAGCAAGGACAAAGAUGGAGAGACCGAGGGCAGUGAGGCCCCAGUCAGAGAUUGUUCAUCUCCUAGCCUGCAGAGGACCCCAACCCACACGCCGUGUUCUCCUGGUCCCAGCAGCCCGUCCCAGCCUGGCAGUCGCCCAGUGAAGGAGGAGAGUGACAGUCGGCCUCGGACCCCCUCCCAGGCCGCCCCACAGCAGCCCAGCAAGCCUGCCGUACCCAAGGCAGCCCCCCUGACCCCCACCAAGCUGCACCCUGCUGCCCCCUACCCUGCCCCCUCACUCCUCCACUCCCCCAACUCCCAGGCUCAGGGCUCCCCUUACCGCAGCCAGAGGGCCUUCCUCUUUGCUCCUCCUCAGUCCCAGCCACAGGCUCAACCAGGGCCGCCCCCCUUCUCCCAGUACAGCCCACAGUCCGCUCCACCUCCCCCUCCUCCACCAGCACCUCCAGCCUCAGCGGCCUACUUCCCCAGCCAGUCAGCCCCCGCUGUGGGAUCCUUCCCUGGGUUCAAGCCUUCCGUGACGUCCCCAUUCCCCCCUGGAGGCCAGCCCCUUCUGCAGACUCUUCCUCCCCACGCCCUGCACUACCAGAGCUCUACCACUCCCCCUCCUCCUCCCCCUCCUCCACCACAACACCCUGGGCCCGGCCCAGCCCUGCUGCACGUUAACCUGCAGCCUCCUCCUGUCCAGCAGCACCAGCUCCUUCUGACCACAGCCCCCCAGUCCUCCCUCCCUCCCCCUCCGCCCCCUCCCCCACAGGGCCAGACCCACCAGCUGCAGCAGCCCAGUGCCAGCACCCUCCUGUCACUCAACCAGGGCCUGCCUCUUCCUCCACCCCCUCCUCCUGCCUCCUCCACCGGUGUCCCCAUGCAAGUGCAAGCCCCUCACCACUUUCAGAACUUGGGGGGCUUUCCAACCCCGCUGAUGCACACCGGCGGCACCACUAACCCCUCGUUGCCCCCCUCCACCUACCCCCCGCCCCACCAGCAGACUGGACUGCCCCCCCCUCCUCCCCCUCCCCAGCAGCAGACUCAGCCGGCCCAGGCCAUGCCCACCGCCACUCAGAUGUCCAGCGGGACACGUGGGGCCCCUGCGUCCCCCGCCCCCUUUCACAACGCUGGGUACCUGGGCACGGGGUGGCACUGACCGCCUCCAUGCAGGCCUCCCCCUUGGCCCUGCCAGCCCCUGUGACUCACUCUGAGAGGAGCUUGACAACAGACCGCGGAACACAACAAGCAACAAAAGCUGUAAAUAUUUUCUAUGUACCUGAACACAUGGCCAAUGGAAAAACAGGAGAACGUGGGAUAAAGGGGUGCUUUUUAAAGGACAAACUGAAAACAAGGACUGUGAAACAAUCUUAUUAAGAGACUUUGUGUUUGAAAUGAAGAUGGACGAUUCCCCCGGUGCUCAUCCCACUAUUUCUCUCUCUGACGUCCCUCCCUCCGUUUUCUUUUGAAUUUCCCUCCUGUGGCGGAGAGAGUGCCUGACCGUCUCUGUCUGUUUUGGACUUCUAUUGUAAGGUCCCGCACUUUCUGUAUCAAUGUACAUUCCAGCCUCCACCCCCCUUCGUCAGUUAGUCUGCCUUUCACUUCUUCCUCUCUUUGUCUAUUGUCUGCUCUUCUACACCGUUUUAUUUGUUUUAUCUAGUGGCUCAUUAUAGCAAACAGAAAGCUUUUUGUAAAGAUAAAAAAAAUACAGAAUUAUUAUUUUUAUUCCUCUGUGUAAGAAAUAUCUGUGCACCGCUGCAGUGAUUCAGAAAAUGCUGUUCUGGGAGCCCGCUUCACUGCCCCAGGAGGCUGCACUUGUGCGUGUGUGUGUGUGUGUGUGUGUGUGUGUGUGUGUGUGAGAGAGGAGGUGUAUGGACUGUGUGUCUGUCUGUCUGCGUGUGUGUGAUGAGAGGAGGUGUAUGGACUGUGUGUCUGUCUGUGCUGUGUGUCAGUGGGAGAAAGGGAAGUGAUAGAACAUAAGAGUGAUGGUGUGAAACGAGUGCAGUAGUCUUCUGAGGUAGCCAGAGUGAGGUCUCACCGGUAGGUAGGACGUUAGCGGUUUAUUUUUCAAUAUCAAUGGUUAUUUGUAGAAAUUGUAAUUUAAUGUAUAGGUGGUUACUCCAGCUUUCUCCGGAAACAGGUUGUAUAUAUUUGCUUCUUUUCUUUCCUAUGCUUGUACAAUUGGCUCCCAUCCCAUUUUGGAAUCUGGUUGUAAAUACGAGCGCUCUUCUUGGCAAAGAUUAAUGUUUCUGUGACUGUAGCACUUUUUCUUUUGUUCUUCCUCUCUGGACUAUUCAGUGUAGUCUUUUUUUUUUUAUUUGUGUGUGUGUGUGAGUGUAUGUUUGUGCAGAGGAGAGAGACUCAAACACUGCACUGGUUGGCUAUUUUCAUGGUUCAUUCUAAUAAAUCACUGUAAUGACAGUUUUAUACCA